AUGUGGCGACGUCUUGUGUUCCUAGUGCCAGGCAUUUCACUGUCAGCCUUUUCGUGCUUUCAGGGCCCCUGGAACGUCUCAGCAGCCCAUCCCAGCCCAUCCCAUUUCUCGAUAUUCUCCGUACCGACAGCCCUUCCACCGCCGUACAACUUAGCCCCACCACCGCCGCUGCCGCCAGUGGUACAACCUCCUCAACGCAUCAACGACGGCGCCGGCGUUGACGGCGGCGACGCUACCGCCGCCGCCGCCGGCAGCGGCGGCCCACCCGCCGUGGAGCCUUCCGGCCCAUCGUCCGCUGAAAACAUCGUCGUCCCGCGCCGACAAUCCCAAGUCAACCUGAACAAAUUCCUCGCAACUGCCCCCAGCCGAGGAACGGACCCUCCAGCGGCGGCGGCGGGUUCGAAGUCAUCAGGGCGGGAACGGUGCAAAUCAGUAACGGUGUCCGAAAUCGCGCAGAACGUCCAAAACAUUGACGUCAGCCAGGCGGCACUCAUCAUGAUGCCGGCGCGGCUCCGUCAGGAGCUUAGUACCGUACAACAGCAGCAGCAGUCGUACUCGUCGUCGUACUCGCAGCCGCUGCCUUCCCUGGCGUCAACGCCAGCGCCGGCACUGCCCAGCCGCUCCUCGGCGCAGUUGCCCCCAGCGGCCCUAAGCGCUGACUCGGGAUUGUUUGCCGCCGCCGGCGGCGGCGGCAGUGGCGUCGUACAGCAGACCCCGCGUCUAGAGCGCAAGCCCUCCAUCAUCAGGGAGGCUGUCAAGCUGCAGCUACAGCUGCAGCAACCGCCAGCACCUUCUAGAUUGUCAACGAUGGGAAUGGCGGCGGCGGGGGCGGAUUCAGGUUCGCCAUUCCGAAACGUCCAGAAUCCCGCUGGUGUCCUUGGGGCCGGCGGCGGCAGCGGCGAGCCGUCGCUGCCGGGCACCGUAUCGUCAUCGUUGUCGUCACCAUCACAGCAUCAACAGCCCGCCGCCGCCGCCGCCGCCGCCGCCGCCUCCCGAUACUCCGUCGCUGUUUCCGGGUUAUCGCCAUUACAAAUGCAUCAGUCCAUGAGCGGGGUGUUGUCGAGCGGCCCUAGUAGAGGGUCGUUGACCGUUAGUAUUGGGUCGCCGCUAUCACCCGGCGGCGGCGCGUCGCCGUCAGCGUCGUACCCGCCAAGACUGGGGCGACGGUCGGAGAUGGGGGAGGCCGCCACGGCGCGGAGCCAACAGGGCAAUCGAGCGGGCGGCCGGGUCUCCGAGGCGCCGCACCCCACGCCGCCAGCAACGGCGGCGCCUCCUAUCCUGUCAAGCAACGGCGGUUUACCGUUGAGCCCAACUGGCAACGCAAACGGUUAUCUUCCCAGCGCAAUGAGCGUUAGGGACUUACGGCGCGGUGGGCUGGUGCCGCGGGGGUCGGAGGUGUUGGCGGUGGCAGCCAUGGCGGCGGCGGCGGUGGAGGGAGAUUCAGUGGCGGGAAUACCGACCCCCAACUCCCCUUCGCACCAUCACCAUUAUCAUCAGCAACAGCAGCAGCAGCAGCAGAACCAAGAUGUACGGCUCCCAGUUAUUGGUGGUAACGGCACGACGUCGGCGAUGGCGACGACGACGGCGACGACCCGGCGGGUGGUUAUCGGCGGCGGCGGCGGUGAGGGUCGGGAUAGGGACGGCCCCCCGCCGAUCGGCGGCGGCGGCAGCGGCAGCGGCGGCGGUCGCGGCGGUCUGUCUGCCGCGGAUAUGGCGGCGCUGUCUGAGGCCAUUACGUCGUAUGAGGCUGAGAGAAGAGGUCCAUCACAGCGACGCAGGGAGGUCCAGGGCUCGUUAACUCACGUACUGAUGGGUUUUAGGGGGGCCGCGCGCCUGCGCGCUAUGGCCAUUCGUAAAGUGGACUCCCGCAUCAAGCGAGCCGUGAUGGAUCGCCGGCUCACGUCUGACGAGGAGCCGGGUCCCGAGGCCGCCCCCUCCUCUUCCCUACUUGAUGGCGGCAUCGGAGCCGCUUUGCUGGCCCCCCUCCUCAACAAAGGAGGACAACAACAACAACAGCAACAACAGCACGUAUCACCGCAGGCCCAGCAGCAGCAGCAGCAGCAGGGGCCAGGGGCAGGAGGGCCAGGGGGCAGCAGUGCUUUGCCGGGGGGAAGCAACAAUGAUGGUUCCCACGAGGAGCUGCUGACUCAACAGCAGCCGAGGAGGAGCUCCCCUUUGGGAUCUAAAGUGUUGACAGCAGCGGCGGACCUGAUGUCGGAGCCCGCCCCACUGCCCAAGAGGGCCCGAUGA